GCGAGCACCGACAACGUCGAGUACAUUGCCCUCCAAUCAUUCAAAUCCUCCAUUUCUGAUGACCCCAACGCCAUUCUCUCCUCCUGGAGCGGCCCCAACAUCUGCUCUUACAAAGGCAUCUUCUGCUCCGACCCACCCGAACCCCUCUCCUCCGCUUCUCUCGUCGUCGCCAUCGUCGACUUAAACCGCGCCAACCUCGCCGGAACCCUAACCCCCGACCUCUCCCUCCUCUCCCACCUCUCCGCUCUCCACCUCAACUCCAAUCGCUUCUGUGGCUCCAUUCCCCUCUCCCUCUCCAACCUCGAAUACCUCUACGAGCUCGACCUUAGCAACAACCUCUUCUCUGGCCCUUUCCCUUCCUCCACCCUCCAAAUCCCUAAUCUCAUCUACCUCGACCUCCGAUUCAACUCCUUCUCCGGUCAAAUCCCCGACGAGCUCUUCCAAAACCCUAAUCUCGACGCCAUUUUCCUCAACAACAACCAGUUCCAGGGCGAGAUCCCAGAUUCUCUCUGGUCGUCCUCAGCCUCCGCGAUCAACCUCGCCAACAACCAGCUCACCGGAUCCAUCCCGGCGAGUUUCGGGUACUCCGAACCUGGUUUAAAGGAGAUUCUCUUACCGAACAACAGGCUCACCGGAUGCAUACCGGAAGGUGUCGGAUAUGUUACAGGCAUGCAGGUUUUGGAUUUGAGCUUCAAUUCUCUUACCGGGCAUUUGCCGGAUUCGAUUUCAUGUCUCGACGGAAUCGAAGUGCUCAACAUUGCGCAUAAUAAGCUGAGCGGAGACUUGCCGGAGGUGGUUUGUGAUUUGAGGAAUUUACUAAAUUUAACGGUGUCGUAUAAUUUUUUCUCCGGAGUGAGCGAUGAUUGUACGAGGCUUUUGUUUAGGAAUGUAGGGUUUGAUUUGGCCGGAAAUUGUAUUCCGGGGAGGGAUUUGCAGCGGCCGGCGCCGGAGUGUGACGGGACGUCAGCGGGGGGUUUGAGUUGUCUCAGAGUUCCGGGAAUGAGGCCGGCUGGCUGCGGUGGUGCCGGCGGCGACGGGAUGAGUGGGCUACCGUACUUUUUUAGGGUUUCGGUUCCAUGAGUGGGAGGAGUAGGUGAAGAGCUUUUAAUGGCGAUGAGCUGCAAAACUGCUGAUUUUGUUUCAUGGCUGGAAAGCUGGCUGGCCAGUGAUGGGUGAAAAUGAUGACUAAUAUUGUAAUUUAGCUUAUUGUCGGGGGUUGAUCUCAUAAGUUUUAUUAUAAAUGUGACUAUUUUUGUAUUUA